AUGAUGUUGCUCAAGUACUCAGCUGCCAUAGCAGCUUUCGCCCUCUGCGGGCAAGUUAGCGCUGGGCCUUGCAAGCCGAUCACUCGUGUCACGAGCUCAAGCUUGGAAGCUUCCAGCACGGUCACGACCGAGACUUCUUUGACUGCAACGAACUCACUCUCGGUUGAGACUUCGGCAACGGUUGAAACUUCUUCAGCCGCCACGUCGGUUGAGAGCUCUGCGACUACCUUUUCGUCUGAGGCCUCAAGCACUGCUGGCGAGUCCUCUACUUUCUUCACCUCGACGACUGAAACCGCGACGCUUGACGCAACUACUACCGACUUUGUUUCUACGAGCACCGCGGUCUCUGAUGUCUCUACAACAGCAACCGCGACAAGUUCUGCUGCGCCGGAGUGCGCUUUCACAGGAGACUACACCAACUACGUCCAAAACCCUUCUUUUGAUGAUUUGGAUGGGUCUGGACAGCCCACCGUUGAACCGUGGAUCAUCCUCGGCGCUCCAACUAUGACAACCAACCUCCCCAGAACUGGAGCCCGCUCCAUGGCCUAUACAUAUCCCUUUACCGGACUAAGCUCAGGAAUCCUUCAGGAACUCGUCGGUACCGUCGCCGGACAUGAAUAUGUCUUCAAGUAUCACUGGGUCCUUAUCGACGGACACCCUCUUGAGGCAGAGGAAUGCAGAAUUGGUACAUUCGCUGGUUCUGGGGGUGCGAACUCGCAGUUUCUUUAUGUCGAUGGGGAUCAGGCUAUUGUGCAGGGUCAGUACUAUGAACAGGAGUAUCGCAUUACUGCCGAGAAUGAUAACCAGAGGUUGUCGAUUGGCUUCUUUUGCACAAGCCAGCCGUCGGCGGGACAGGUCAAGAUUCAGAUUGAUGAUGUUUCUGUUUAUGACUACUAUGAGGGUUGCGAAAGUCCAUGA